AUGGCUCGUAUUUUACUGAUAGACUCGUACGACUCGUUUACUUUUAACUUAUCCACUUUGAUUGAAAAGGUUACUGGUGCCACUGUUAUCACUAUACGAAAUGAUGCUAUUGGAUCCGACGAACUUAUAAACGACAUUCUACCUUUAUUUGAUGCUGUCGUUGUUGGUCCUGGUCCUGGAUCUCCUGAUAACCCGGAUGAUAUUGGUGUCCUCGAUAGUCUAUGGAAAUUGACCGAUGAGCAUGUAUUGCCUAUUUUCGGUGUCUGUUUGGGUUUCCAAAGCAUGGUUCUUGGCUUUGGUGGUUCAAUUCAUAGACUCAAGGUUAUAAAGCAUGGUCAGCCUGGAAAGAUUCAGCAUUCUGGAGAAAGCAUCUUCAAGGGUCUCCCUCAAGGGUUUUCGAGCAUUCGCUAUCACUCAUUACAUGCCAGAAUCUCAGAUAAAGAUAAUCUUCCUAACGGUACAACAAAUGGCCAUGUUAAUGGCAAUACAACUAGCAAUGGUACGAGAGCUGGAUCUGGCCGUGAUACAUCAGGAUCAAUAACUCCUCUUGCUUGGUUAAUAUCGACCGAAGAUGAUCAUGCCGAGAGAGUCUUGAUGGCAGGUAAGCAUCUCUCAAAGCCAUUUUAUGGAGUUCAGUAUCACCCCGAAAGCAUCUGCUCCGAGUACGGUGCAGAGGUCUUGAUGAACUUCUGGCUGGAAGCACAGAAAUGGUCGUCAGAACAUGGACGAGUUGCCUCUCAAGACGAAGCAAAAUUCAAUAUUAUGAAAUCGCAUUAUAGCAUUAAGCCGGAACCUUUAACAACGGGAGAUCUUUCAUCAACUACGUCCCCGGUACAAGUUCCUUAUAAAAAACUACAGCUACGGCCUCUAGUUAAUAGUGAUUCGCCAUCGUCAACAUAUAUUGGUGCAGAUAUUAUCUGCGAUGAGCUGUUGGAAACAGGCAACUUUGUCUUACUUAAUUCGGCCUCAGAGCCAGGAAGAUGGUCUAUCAUCGGUGUUUUACAACCUGGCAAGACAAAUACGAUUACGCAUUACACGAGUCAAUCCCCCCAAUAUGCAUACAUUACAAAGUGGAAAGAGACUGAACGUUCUCCUAUAGACCUAGCCACAUAUGGUAGCCAUAAGGACGGUGGUGAUACCAAUUCGCAUCCUUCAGUUUGGAAUUUCCUCGCUCACUACAUGUCACCUAAAAUCGCUAUAUACAAACAGGCCACAACUCCUCCAAACGCACCUUUCAUUGGUGGUUUAGUAGGCUACUUCACUUAUGAGGCUUCCUCCCUCAAUAUGAUUCCUGAAAAGAAACCUCUCCCUGUGUCCCAAGAAAAUCAGACUAAUGCUGCUGAUGUUUCUCUUGUCGAUGUUGAACGAACCAUUCUUAUUGAUAAUCAAACUCAUGUACUAUACACAGUGUCUCUGCUCCCUGGUGACGAUGAAUGGUUGACAACCACAAUAGAGAAAAUUGAUAACCUCCAAAAACAAUCUGGCCCAUUCACAUCCACAAUCACCCCUCUAGAACUUCCUGCUAAUCCCACUGUUACAAUGCCAGACAAAGAAAAGUACAUUGCAAAAAUCAGGGCCUCACAAGAGUAUCUAAAAAGUGGAGACUCUUACGAAUUAUGUCUUACAGCCCAAACUAAAAUCGAGUAUAAGGAAGUGGUUGAUCCCUGGAACCUAUACAAGAUUUUGCUUAAACGUAAUCCUGCUCCAUAUUCGUGUUUUCUCGAUCUCCCUGAUUCUAUUUUAGUAGGUUCGUCACCUGAGCGGUUUAUGUCUUGGAACAGACAGGGUAUGUGUGAGUUCCGUCCUAUCAAAGGAACUGUGAAAAAAUCGCCUGACAUGACUCGUGCUAAAGCUGAAGCCAUCUUGAAUACACCAAAAGAACUCGGUGAGAAUCUCAUGAUCGUAGAUCUCAUUAGACACGAUCUCAACCAAAUUCUUCACAAUGUUCGUGCUGAUAAACUGAUGUCUGUCGAGGAGUACAAAUCUGUUUAUCAGCUGGUAUCAGUUAUUCAGGGUGAUCUGCCCAAUGAGUAUUUGGGUAUUGAUGUCCUAAGCCACUCACUUCCACCAGGAUCUAUGACAGGUGCUCCCAAAUUACGCUCUGUUGAGAUUCUACAUCAUUUGGAGGACCAAGUACCACGAGGUAUUUAUUCUGGAGUAUCAGGCUACUGGUCGGUCCAAGACGAAGGCGAUUGGAGCGUUAUUAUUCGCUCAACAUACAUGUACAAAGCAGACUUGCAUACUUGGCGAAUUGGUGCUGGUGGAGCUAUCACCAUUCUCAGUGACCCUGAAGCUGAAUGGGACGAAAUGCAGACCAAGCUCAAUACAGCUCUUCAGGCCUUUCGCGAAGUUUAG